CCCUUUGUUAUAUCAGUGUCAGAGGAGCAGCUUGGAAACUACUCUUCCCGUGAUGCUUUUCGAAGACAACCGCCUUUCUCUCGCGGGCUAUGGUGGUAGUUUGAGAAGCCAGGCGAUCAAUGUAGAGCAUACGGGUUGGGCAUCUGCAUGGUCGGAUAACCUGGCCGGUUGGUAGCUUCUGGCAAUCCUGCUUUUGCAAGGAUGAACAGAAUGAAGGUUGAUGAGGAAGAAUAUUGGCACAGUUCGAAAUGUAAAGCCUUCACUUUUGAUGAUGAAGAUGAUGAGCUCUCUCAGCUGAAGGAGUCCAAGCGAACAGUGAACAGCCUCCGAGAUAUUGUAGAUGACGAUGAUGAACUUGAGAAGUUCAGCUGGAGUGGGGACCCGGUGGGCAGCAUUUCCUGGUCAAUCAAAGAGACGGCCUCCUGCAGUAACAAUACCUUUGAGGGGAGAGACUCAGGUCAACAAAAGGGCUCUUCUUCUCAGGCAGGAUUUCCCAAGCAACCCUCCUCUUACUCACUGAGCAGCUUUUUCAAAGGAAGAAACAAACAUGGAAGUUUUCAGUCACUUUCAGAUGCUCUUACAGACACUGGAUUUAAAAAUUAUGCCCCAGAAUUACGCAGACCAAAAGCAGAGUACCAGGACUACAGCAGUGACUGGAGUCCGAAAGAUGCAGUAAGACGGCUGCAGAGAGGCAAGGUCUGCUCGCUGGAGAGGUUUCGCUCCUUGCAGGAAAAGUUGCUGUUACUGGAUGAAGCGGUUGCAGCGCAUGAUGGGAACGUCAUUACAGCCAUUCUAAUAUUUCUGAAGAGGAGCUUAAAGAAAGAAAUCCUGUUCAGAGAGCUGGAGCUGCGGCAGGUGGCCUUGCGCCAUCUGAUCCAUUUUCUCAAGGAGACUGGGGACCAGAAGCUACUCCUAGAUCUGUUGAGGUUCCUGGACAGGACAGAGGAGGUUGCACUGACACAGUACCGUCAACACCUGACUCUCCAGGAUGCCGAAAAACGAAAAGACUUCCUGAAAGGUUGCAUUGGGUUAUCCUUUUCAUCAGAGGAUGCAGCUCACGUUCAAGAUCAUUAUACACUCCUGGAGAGGCAGAUCAUCAUUGAGGCAAAUGACAAGCAUUUAGAGUCAGCUGGACAGACGGAGAUAUUUCGGAAAUACCCUCGCAAGGCCUCCAUCCUAAACAUGCCACUGGUCACCACACUCUUCUACUCCUGCUUCUACCAUUACACAGAGGCUGAGGGCACAUUCAGCAGUCCUGCAAACUUGAAGAAAACCUUUAAGAUUCCAGACAAACAGUAUGUGCUGACGGCCCUGGCGGCUCGUGCCAAGCUCCGAGCUUGGCAUGAUGUGGAUGCUCUGUUCACCACCAAGAACUGGUUGGGCUACACCAAAAAGAAAGCGCCGAUUGGUUUCCAUCGAGUGGUGGAGAUCUUACAGCGGAACAAUGCCCCAGUGCAGGUUCUACAGGAGUAUGUGCGUCUAGUCGAAGAUGUUGAGACAAGGUUGAAUCUUGCAAUGAAGUACAAGUGCCAUGAUGUGGUGAUAGAUACAUACAGAGACUUGAAGGACCGUCUCCAACUGAUGGCAUAUAGAUGUAAAGUUGACAGGGGUUCUUCACCAGAGGAAAAGAUUGACAGCAUCCUCAGCAACCCGCAAAUCCGGUGGAAGAAUUGAGAGGCACUCGCUCAUCUCGGAAGCAGCCUGAGUUUUCUGUUGGCGCAGGCAAAGCAAAGGAGAAAACUGCCAAGCACAACUCUGCACUGGUUUUCUGCCACUGCCUCGUCAGUUUGUUAGCUUGGGCUGCCUCUGGAUCCCAGGACAGGGACAGACAUCGAAGCAUUGACAGGAGCCCAAACAGAUGUCCAGCCAACGGUACACAGUGCUGACAAACUGACGUCCACACUCUGUCUGAUCAACUGGACCAUAUGAUGAAUAGGACAUCAUUGUACAGGCGAGAGAAGACAAAAGGCCGAUGCUUCUGCUUCUCAUAGACUAUUUAACUAUUCAUCGAAAAGGAUCAGGACAACUGCACAUGAAGAAUCUCCCUGUAUAGGAAUUGUUGCCAGUCCUUCCACCUCCCUUAUCCAGGUCUAAAGCUUGGGACAGGGCCUGCAUUGCAGGGCCAGCCCUGUCAUGAAGUGGCCUGAUGCAGUUGUAGCAGGUGGCAGAAUAUGGGAAGAGGGGCGAAUUGGGAUGCUCUUCCCCUCCAAAGGGCCUGCCGCUUCUUCAUGCUGCCAGCUGCCUUCAUGGCCAGCCAGCCAUGCUGGUGGUCAGUAGGAUCAAGAAAUGGCCGCUCGCUCACUGCACACUUCCCACCCAUACGACCUGCUUGCCAGCCAAUCCAGUUGGCCCUGCCUGCCUUCGCAGCUUAAUUUUUUUUGUCACAUGUAGGUGCACCUGCCUUGCCAGCAUGGCGCCCAUCAGAGGUUUCCUCCUUCAGGAGCCGAGUGUCACCUGUGAGGUCGGCUAAAGUAUUGUGAGAGGUUCUGGAACCUCCAAGAACUUCUAGAACCUAUCACAAUACUUUGGCCAACCUUGUGUAGGUGCCACAUGGCUCCUGAAAGUGAAACCCCUGACAGGUGGUACGCUGGCAAGGUGGGUGUGCAUACAUGCGCAGAUCGUAUGGGAGUGGCAAAGGGUCCCUGCCUCAGGUGGCAACCUACUUAGGUUCAAGCCUGCUGCCUUGAUAGGAUGAAAACUCUGGCCUGGACAGUAUUCUUGCCUCUGGUAAGAAUUAAACAAGAGAACUGGGGUGCUUAUUUAAUAGAGGAAAGGCUGUGUAAAGAUUCUUCUGGGAUAGCCUUGCCCAACCUGGUGCCCUCCAGUUGCAUUAGGGAGAAGGCUAAGGGAUUAUGGGAGUUGUAGUCCAACAUAUCUAGAGGGUGCCAGGUUGGAGAAGUCUGUUCUAGGGACUAAACUCUCUUGUUCCCCUCUCCAGAUCCUUGUGUGUUAACCACACGGCCUUUUAGCCAAUGAGAACUGGAAACCAAUCCCAGUUGGAGGUUCUCAAGGUUGCUGCUGUGCUGCUUAUUGGACAACUGAAAUUACAUGUUCCCUCAACAAGGGCUAAUAAACCUAUCUUGUCCCUUA